CGAAGCCCGGUCCACUGGAAGUUUAGUUUUGGAAGUUACUCUUCAAACACGCGUGCUGUCGUGUCGGACUCUAACUCUGUCCGAGUCGGUCAAACCUUAUUUUUCCCAGAAUUUUGAAGUUCAAUCGAAGCUCAAUCCACCUACAUAAUCCUAUUCCAAUUGAACCAAGAUUACCAAUCUGAAAAACUCCAAUCAGAUCCCGGAGGAGGAGAAUGUAAAAGUUGGGCAGAGCUGCAAAGGGAUGUUCUUGGUGUGAUUUUGAAUGAGUUAAUACUCCCUGAUUUCAUCCGAUUUUGCGUUGUUUGCAAGUCAUGGCUUUCUGUUACACUUGAUCACAAACAUAAGCGGAUGGAAACCAUCAACCAGCAGGUCCCAAUGUUAAUGAUCCCUCAAGAAGGAAGGGAAGAACACUGGAAUUUGUAUAGUUUGUGUGAGAAUAAGGUUUAUUUUCAUAAAGAACAAUUAUAUGCAGUGAAUUCUAGGAAUCAGGUACUAGUUAUUGAUUAUGAAGGUAAUGAUUCAUCAGAUGAUAGUGAGGGUGAGGAUGAGGUGGAAUACUAUGAAGGUCCUUGUGUGGAAUAUUUGAUAUCACAGCCUACUGAAUACUCUCAUGUGUCUUAUCUGGUUGAAUCUUUGGACGGAGGUCUGUUAUUGGUCCGAAGACGGUACCUUGCGAUAAUUGAUGAUAUCAACUAUAAGGUGACGGUGGGUUUCAAGGUUUAUAGAAUGACAAGGAAGCAUUCAAGUGAUGAGGAGGAGGAACCGGAAUGGGUUGAAAUCAAGAGUUUGCCUAAUAUUGCAUUAUUUGUGGGGGACAACCAUUCUAUUUGCAUCCCAGCAUUUGGUUUCCGCAACUGCCAGUCAAAUUGUAUAUACUUCACAGAUGACUGCACAGAGAGGGAUCCUGAUGCUCCUUAUGAAGCUACUGACAUGGGAAUCUUUCAUUUAGAGAGUGGACAAAUAGGGAAACAUUAUGAGCUUCCUCAAUCACUGUCAUACUUGCCACCAGCAGAAUGGAUACUGCCAAAGUUGCAGUAAACUAAAGUUUCAGCAGCUGGUUUGCUCACUUUGUACUUUGAUUUAGUUAUUUUAGUAUGAAUUAAUUGUUUAUUUUAAUUAUUCAAAAUCCCCCAUUAAAUCUUGAUCUAAAAGAAACAAAUUUCCCCCAGUUCUUGUGCAAAUGAUCUUGCUCAUUGUUAUACACAAAUUUAUAUUUUUCUCGAGUAGAUUUUAUUAUUGAACAGAUUCGACAUCUGUCAUUUAGGUACCAAUGUACUAUAAUUAAUGCUUUGAGGGUGUAAAUUAUAAAUCAAUGAUGGUUUAAGAAUGCAAAUUUCACCC